AUGACGCCAUGGACAUUGGACCAAAAGGAUACGUCAACGGCUACCAUGGAGAUUGUUUCAUGCUUUACAUCUAAAACGCUAGGACAGCCUCCAGACGCCGACCUCUACGCCCUUCAAAGAUGCACGACGCACCAGCAGCUGGGUGAUGACAAACUCAUCAUUUGUGUUGAGAAAACAUCGUGGAGAGUUGAAGGAGUUGGAUUUGCCGUAUACUCAUCAUUCCUUGUCGACUCGCAUGAGAUCCUACAAUCUCUGGCUAUCCUUCCCCUCCGUCCUCUCCAUCAAGAAAUCAGCACUAUCAUGAACUGCUCUUCUCCAAUAUCAGCAACUGAUGACUGAUCACAAGCAGGCGGUUCCAAGGAUUACGAGAUUUGUCGAGAGUACUGCCUACCUCUCGUCCCAACCUUCAUCGACUAUAAGAAAGCGUUUUACAGCAAUAAGAUUGGUGCCAUACUUCCAGCGCUCCUCGAUCAAGGUGUGGACUCGUCUUACAUAAGGACAUUGAUCGACUCCGCAAGAACUGCCCUACAAUGA